CAUUUCAUGCACUGCUGCUCAGUGCGUGGGAAUUCUCAUCCUCUCAGUGCAUUUGAACAGCCUCCAUUCAUUUAUUAUCUCUCUAUCUCUUCUCUCUAUUUAUUAUAGAAAAACCAACUUUUCCAUGUGCACCCCAUCAAAAAUAUUUGAAUGCUCUGACUCAUACAGCUCAGAUCAAUCUUCAAAUCUUCAUUCGUUUUUUUCAUUCUGCUCUUUUCAUACAUUCUCUACAGUAUUUACAUUCCUUAUACUUUUCUCUAUAUUUAUUUUUGAUCUCUGUGAUUCAUGGCAUGCACUGCUAAAUUCUCUGUAACAUGAUCUCAUGUGAUGUCAUGUGCACCCCUUUGAAUUCAGAUGGGAUUGAACAGCUGGCUCUGCAGUUCUGUAUGGCUCUGAUUAAUCUGAUGAUGGUGAUAGAGGUGAUACGGGGUGGAAGAGAGUGGUAGGGGGCCUGCAAGAUCGCACCUUCUAUUCUAAUCAGGUUUUGAAAGCACCUAACAUAUUGCUUCGCUUCGCUCCGCAAAUAAAAAUAUACAUAGUUAGUUAUACAGCGUAUAAAAUUGUGGCCUCGCAGCCUCUCUCACCUUUGCGUGCUGGCGCGGAGCUAAGAAAUUCCUUGGAAGUCUGGCGCGGUAACGUGAUCGGUGAGCUUCCGAAACAGGCGCGGACUUCAUCAGGCUCCGCUCGACUCUUGCACUUGUUACGGAGUAACAUGUAUAAGAACUAACGCUAUUUCACGUCCAUCAGAGAUUUAACUUCCUUUUUUAUCCAGUGCCCGGGCUUAUGCCCCUUAGCUGCCCUAUUAUCUCAGUUCUCCGUUUGUUACUGCUCCUACUGAACUCUUCUCAGGAGUAGCAUGGUCAUCCUUCUAAGGAGGAUGAUAAGACACGAUACUGAAUAUCCCAGAAUAGCUUAAAGUAUUAGUGAUGGAGGGUACCCAGAGUAAUAAUACAACUGAGCAGCAUCGAUAUCAUAGCACCCAUCCCGAUAUCUCCUCCAGUUCUCCACAAGCGCUGCCACCAAAUAUGCAGUACGCCGUGGCUGGGGCUGAAGAUGUUGACAUGGUUUCGGGGAGUGAAUCCGAACCUUCUGCUAGCGAUACACAUUACGGACAUGGAGGCCAUGAUUAUUUCAGCAGAAGGAGACACCAGAGGUAUUCAAGUGAACUAGAGCCGCCCACGGACAAUCCAGACUUUCAUAUUUCUGAACAAAGCCUGAGUGAAUCUGAAAGCCUUGAAGAACCCGAUCAUUUCGGGGAAGAUGUCGACCCCGACUUGGGGUUGUAUGGCCGUAGGGGUAGAAGGGGCCGCCAAUCUAUUGGCAGGCCAUAUAAUUUCGGUGCACGAGGUGGGAAAGGCAUCAAAAGAGGCCCCAGGAAGCCGUUAGAACCCAGCUUGGAGUUCAAAAAUUUACACUCUGAGGCAACAUCGGCGUUUAUUGAUGCCGACUAUGAGAGAGCCACCGUUCUUGUGAAGCAGGCCAUUCAGAUAAAUCCUGAAAUGUUUGCUGCCCAUUCUCUCUUAUCGGAAAUAUUUCUUGCGCAAGGCCAAGAGGAUAAGGCUCUUGCUGCACUAUUCAGUGGCGCACAUACGCGACCAAAAGAUCCGUCCGUCUGGAUGAAAGUUGCGAAAUUGAUCUUAGAAAGAGCGGGGGAAGAUCGGACAUCAGCAUUACAAGAUGUAAUCUACUGUUAUAGCCGUGUCAUUGAGAUCGAUCAAAAAAAUUACGAUAUCCGAUUUGAAAGAGCUGCGGUAUACCGCGAAUUGGGUCAUAAUGGGAAGGCUGCUCAGGAGUAUGAAAGAUUACUAAAGGAUCUACCGCACAAUACAACAGCGCUCCGUCUUCUCGCGGAGACAUAUAUUGAUCUCAACGAAGUCGAUAAAGCAAAAAGUCGAUACGACGAAAGCAUCGCAUAUUACAUGUCCCUAAGUUUGGAGGAAGCCACCGACUUUACCUGGUCCGAUGUGAACAUUUACGUUGAAUUUUUUGGCUAUCUGAACGACUAUGAACAAGGAAUAUUUAUGUUAAAAUCACUUUCUAGGUGGCUGCUGGGCCGGAAAGAAGAUGCGGAGUGGGACAAUAUUGUUGAAGACGACCGGGAGUUUGAUGCCGAAGACUCCCCUCGUCGAGCAGACAUCACAUUCUUUGUCCCAAAUCAAUAUCCCAUCGAGGUUUACGGGGCGGGUCUACCCUUGGAGCUUCGCGUGAAACUUGGGAUAUAUAGGUUAAAAUUGGGCCUCCAGUAUAGAGAAGAGGCGUUGUCUCAUUUUUCGUGGCUAAACCCGGAUGACUCCUCGGAAGGCGCUCUGCUCUAUGAUUUCGGUGAUCUGUUUAGGGAGGUGGGAGAUGCGCUAAAAGAUGCUAAAUUAUAUCAAGAUGCACUACAGUUUUACGUGCCACUUCAGAGGACCCGUGAAUACGCAGAUACUAGUCUUUUUAUGUCCAUGGCCGAAUGUUAUAUCGCCUGCGAAAAUGAUGAAGCAGCUGAGAACUGUUACUUAACAGUGGUUGAAUAUGAUGAAAACGAUAUUGAAGCCCGUGCCAAAUUAGCAAAAUUUUACGAAAACUUAGGAUUGAUUGAACAAGCUUUGAAAUAUGUCAACGAAGCGAUUGAAUUAGGAAGGCAGGAGUCGAUGCCAAGGCGAAGGCGAAGGUUUGGUUCCAGAGCUCUACAGCUUGCGAGAGAGUUUCGCUCAACGGAAUCUGGGGGGGCUGUGAUGGCAACGUAUGAGGGCCCGAUUGGGGCAGAAAACGAAGGCUGGAGAUCUCCCACCCCUUCUCCCAGUGUGUCUGGUGGACUUAUGACUUCUACUGUACCCCUUUCUAAGAAACGGAGGCAAGCAAAAGAAGAGUAUGUCAGCACCGACCAUAUAAGGUAUUUGUACUCUAAAUUGUUAGAUCUUGAAGCAGCAAUGAGAGAAGGCCAUGAGGAUGCGACCGAGGAUUGGUUGGAUAUCGCGGAUGCUCUGUUGCGGGAUUUUCGGUCAAAUCGCGUCUUUUUCCCCAUGCAAAGACAUAUGAUGUUUCUGGGAUAUUCUAGAGAAGCCCAACGGAAAGCUGGACGCCUGAAAUCAACAACCAUCAUGGAUGAAGUAGAGGAAAUGGCUGGACGGCUUCAAGCCACAUUAGGAACCCCCGAAAUUGAUCCUGCGACGAUCCCAAAUGAUUAUCACUCUAUAUCAUUCGAUCAGUGGUUGGACAUAUUUCUGGAGUAUGCUCUUGUCCUUUCAGGGCAAGGCCAAUCAGAAGAAGUCUACGACACCCUCUCUGCUGCAGCCGAUGCUAGCGUUUGGUAUCAUUCCAAACACAACAAAUUCCAAAUUUACACCUGCUGGUUCACUUGCGCGCUCCGGCUCAAGGACGAAGAAACGCUCUCCAACAUCUCCCGCUGGUUCAUGAAAGAGUACCAAUUCGUAACUGACACAUACCGCCUGUUCGCAACACUUAGCCGACUUUGUGGUGACCCGCGAAAAUCCCUCUUUCAUUCGUCCCCCAGCAUGAAAUUCAUGCUGCGCCAAAUAAAAGCGAUUGACUAUACUCUCCCGGAUGACCCCCUGCGGCCUACCCAAGCCCGCCGCACCCGAGCUUCUGUUUUCCAAGAGCGUGCCACUCUUACCACCAAAGACGAAUCUGGUCAACCCAUUCCUGCAGAGGAUAUGGAUGUCCCACUCCUAGUGCUAUACGGACAUAUACUCUACGCCGGGACAAGUUUCACAAACGCGCUCAACUACUUUUUCCGCGCAUAUGCGCUAGCACCAGAAAACCCCGUCGUACUCUUAUCUAUCGGCCUGAGUUACAUCCACCACUCUCUCAAGCGACAAUCUGACAACCGACACUAUCUCAUCAUGCAAGGACUCUCGUUCAUGCAAGAAUACCGACGUGUGAGAGAAACAAGCCCAAUUCCACAAGAGCGGCAGGAGGUGGAAUUCAAUUUCGCGCGGGUCUGGCAGAUGCUGGGUCUGACGCAUCUGGCUGUACAGGGUUAUCAGCGAUGUCUUGCGCUCAGUGGGGAGAUAGAGGCUGAGCGAGAGAAAUUUAAGAAGCGGAAAAAUAUGCCGGCGGUUGUUGGUGGCGGCGGGCGUCCAGAUGAGCGCGUCUGGGUGGAAGAUUUUACUCGUGAAGCUUCCUUUGCUUUGCAAUGCCUCUAUUCAUUCAACGGCGAAACAAAACUGGCGAAGGAGAUUACCGAUAGGUGGCUUGUCAUUUGAAUAUAGCAUCUCAUUGUAUGAUAUGGUACACGAAUCUCACGCGCCAGAAUAUAUGACGCCACGAUGGAAUAAGUUGUUCUUGACUUACUCUUCUAACUCGUUAACAAAAUAGCCUGAAGACUUGUGGGGUAUAUAGAUAUACUCAAAAACGGACUGCACAGGUAUGCUAAAUAUCAAUGUCCAAUCCCGCAUCAAGCGUAUAUGCCAGACAUUCGACACCUACUGUGACAUUAGAAUCGCUCUCCAAAUUGGCCCAGCUUGCUGACAUUGGGAAAAAAAAAAAAAAAAAAAAAAAAAAAAAGUUCAGACAGUCCCACAGGAUGUAAAAAAUCAAUCAUCCAACUCUCAUCCCUCUUUCUUGACUUCUUAGCAGCUGUUCAAUCCUCACUCGGCCCAGCCUCGUCAAGGUCAUCGAAAAAAACAGCUGACUGCCGUCGAAUCUCUUCAAGAACGCUGCUGCGACGUUUUAGAUGUGGUCUAUUAUCUGACUCUGGAACUCGUGCAUUGCCUGUGCCGCCAUACCCAUCCUGCCACUUAUCCAAGUCUUCCUGCAAAUAGCUACCAACCUGUUGGUCCAAUUCACCGUCGUUGGCGGAUGCGUCAAUUUCAGGUGGCAAAGGCGUAUUAAUAUGGCGAGCAAAAGCACGACCAUCGCGCUUCAGCGCCUCGGAGAUCACCUUCUCGAGCUUCAUCCUGUUCUUGAUAAAUUGUAUCUUCGGGAAGGUGCUAUGUUGGCCUUCUUGUAUCAUGUGCGAUAAUCGAUCCGGGGUAGGGUCAGUCAGGAUGUAAUAUAGAUCAGAGAGACUAGUUUUUGGCCAAAUAGUAACAAUUCCGCUGAACCGUUGCAGCCAUAUUUCACUCCAGUCCUGACCCAGUGGCCGAGGAAGAAGUUCGAGAUGUCUGAGGACUUUGAGCCAUUUGUUGAGGUCCAAUUUAAUGUAUUGUUCUGUGGCCGAUCCUAGGAAACCCCCGCGCCAACCACGGCCUUUACGAUGUGUGACAGGACGGCCAACGCUCCCCCUGGAACUGAAAAAGAAUAAACUUAUGUGGGGAUUAACCUAGAAUGAAAUUAGUCCCAGCAUUCUAGCAUGGCACCAAGGGCAAAUUAAAUACUUACUUGAGACACGAUAGGAAAGUUGGCAUUGAAAUGUAUAUCCAAUGCCUUCAGCGGUAUGUCAGUCCGGAGACUACCGUCUUUCCAUUUAUGGCCAAAGGAAUAGGGGGCGAGCGUUCCAUCAGGCUUCUUCAUCAUCAGCACGACAGGAUUUAGUAUACCGGGAACAGCUGCGGAGGCAAUGACUGCGCUCCAUAUGACACAAUGGGGCGAUGUGAGAUAGUUUGCCAGAAUUGUAGGAGAGUGAGGAUCCGACGGAACGCAUGAGACGUUUAAAAUCCGUCCGGUGCGCUGAUACGCCUCCAAGAAUGUAGUAGAGCCUCUGCAGAACCAGCUGCAUUUUUCAGCCCAGUCGAGCGUGUCAAACCUAGCUCCCGUUCGCCACCAUCGCCGUAUCCAAACUUGUAACGGGUCUUCACAGGCCUUAAUCUUAUAGGCCAGCUCUGGUACAAGUAACUUUUUAAGCUCCUCAUCGGUCCUAGUUGCUACCAGCGCGGCUACAAGGGCCCCUCCAGAAGUCCCCGAAAUAAUAUCAGGGAGCACACCAUUAUCAAGGAGAGCUUUGGCGACCCCAAAAUGAUAGUAUGAGAAUGUAGCUCCUCCAGAAAGACACAACGCCGUGCGACCAUAGUUAGUCUCCAGGUGCUUGAAAAAAGCUUCCUUCGUCUCCUGAGGGAUAUCUUUGGUUCUAAGGAUGAGCUGCAACGAGGCAUGUACUUCGUCGAUGAAUUGUUGAACUAGGUGCUUGGUUCCAAAAUAUGUCUCGCUGUACAGACGUGGGUUCUCAACACCAGCGAAAUUAUGCUUGACACAUCCUUCCAGCAACACACGGAGGUCUUCCAGCAACGGGCCGAGCUUUACAGAAUCAUCGCCCUUUGUUUGCGAUUGUUCCACCUUGGCCCUUAGCGCCUCCAGCUGGCUUUUGACCCUACUGACGGUUCCAUGGUCGUAAUAUGCAUACUCGUUCACGUCUUUCCAUUUGUCAUUCCCCAAAUAGGAGUCCAGCUUCUUGGCUGCCUCCUUCCAUUCGCCAUAGUUUCUUGUAGUUCUCAUCUGCCUUCUCAACGUUUGCCUCUUUCCUCUCCAAGUGAUUAAAUGCUCGUAGAGGUAAAUAUAUAGCCGAGUGAGAAUGUAGAGAACGCUGAGAACCGAAAUCCAACCCAAGGCGAGCGAAAGCAAGGGCCAUUUUAGGAUUGUAUACAAAUACCCUUCCCUCGUUUCGUCAACUGUUCUGUUGGCCUUGCGACGCUGUCCUGGUUUCCGCACUCUCUGAUGUAUGGGGCGCCAGUCAUUAAUCGCAACGAGAGGUGCAGCUUCCGGCGCGCUGAGGGCGUUCUCGAAGUGCUCGAGCUCCUCGUCCUUGAUGAACCUCUUGUUGAAGUCGGGAAGCCCAUAGGUCUCCUCAUCCUCCUGCGAUGAACCCAUCCCUUUUUCGCACGUACACUCGAUCCAAAAUUUAUUUCUCAAAAUGGAAUCAAUCCAUUUUUGCAGGUCUAACGUAACGUCAAAAACUGCUGAUAGCUUCUCAAAAUCGAGGUUGAAGUGCACAGCCACGUCAAGUCAUAACGGAGUAUGCUCAGCGUCAUUUCAUAUUUCAGCCACAUAUCUCACGUGACAUGCCUGCAGCCCGAAUGUUUAUUACCGCUCUAUGAAACUUUAUUAUCAAGGCCGAGACCUCUGUCAUAUCCCCCCCAAUGUUAAUAUGGGCCUAUAAUCCCUUCGUUGAAGCUUAUUAGCUGUGAGCAUCCCAUUACAGGUGGUAUAAACCGAAUUGCAACAGGAAACUAUUAAAGCCGCUCAUACUUUACGCUGCGUAUACAUAACCUGGGCGAGAGAGAUGUUACAUAUUUGACCGAUUUCAGGAUGUCAUCGCCACUGGUCUGUCCACUACAUUCAUUGAUAUACAGCUGUGACACAUCAAACUCAGUUAUCGACAUGAACGGGGAGCAGAUGCAGGCAAAGAUAUAAAAAGACGGUGAACAAAGCUCCGCUGUCGCAGGUUUAACCUGCCCGUGGCUAGCUUUCCACAGGGUAUUCCGUGCCAAUGAUGUCAGCGAAAUAGAUAUCUGUCGCGUCAAAAAUGAGAGAAGGACUACAAUCACAAAUGAAUGCUGAUUGCAAAGCUUUAAAAACUAUAAGAAGGAAAAGAAAAAGAAAAUACAGAUGAAGGGAGGAUAAAGUGCGGCCUGGAAUAUUUUUCAAAUCGGGACAGAGGACACAGCCAGCCACCUAGGUCCCUGUCCUGCGAGCUUCCCAGAUCACCAUCCUUCAAAAUAUGAGAGGCAGAGCCUGCAUACUUGCAUUUUUGAUACAUGCAUUUGAGAAGAAAUGAUCAUACCCUAUGGAAGCGAAUAAUAAGAAUAAAAAGACAGACGGCGAGAAAAGUCUAACUACAGCUCAGCUAAGCCUUGCGCCACCUAUAUUCAGUCCAACAAUGUUCGGUGCCAAAAGCAUAUUUACUCCUUUUCAUCCAAGUUCACAAUUUUUAAAAUUAGUACUUGCGGGUCCAUUGUAUGCUGAGGCCCCAAGUAUUGGAAGCAUAGUAUUUAUCCACUACUAGGUAACGUCUGUUUGUUUGCUAAGUUACCGAUGAAAAAGAGUGUCGCACAAUGGAAAGAGGAUAUUGCCAACCGCAGAUGUUUAAUAACGAUAUAUGUGCCCGCAUUCACUCCGGUUUUACCUAAUACGAAAUACCAGAUGGCCAAAUUGCUCAAUUGGGACAUUGACAGAUGUGCUUGCGACGUCAUCGCGCAGUUGAGAUACACUUGUGAUCCGGGGAUAGCGUCAUGAUUCGCACAAGUUUUCGAUAUUUUCAUACCCGCAGGUUUAGAUUUUAUGGGGCUUAGUGCUCACCGUUAAUCAAUGGGAAGCCGCAAACUUUUCGAUAAAUUGGUCCAUAAUAUCUCUGAGAGAUAGCCUUAGAAGGCCGCAAAGCGAUAGGUGAAGGAGAGCUUUGGUUCAGGUCGGAUGGUGACCGUCAUAACUAUAUAUUACUUGGCCUAUCACAAUAGUCCUGAUCGAAGGUGAUAUUCUCACAUGACGAAUAUCCGCGAUAACUUACUACCAACGACGAGCUAAAAUGAUGAACAAAACCCUUACUACCGGCUAAGGCAAUGUCAAUCAAUUUAAUCUCACGAUGAAUCAUAGGAUUAGCCAACAACCUCUCGCCGUGACGCUUUUAGAGGCUAACUACCCUGCCAAUAACCAUAAAUAUAUUUCCACCACUCUAUCCAUGCCAUUCGCAUACCCCCAUACCCCCCCCCCCCCCCCCACCAUUCCAACAAAAUCUGACUGCAAUUCGAGUGCGAAGCGUGGUCAGCCUUUAACACACGGGUCGGCUUGGCAUCUGCUUCCCCGUGGGGGCCAAGGUCAAAGAGGGUGAAGUUCGCGAUGGGGCAAAAUGUUUUCUCCGAAGUUCAAGGAUUAACGCCAACCCCUCCAACCCUAAUGUUGGCCCCAUCUCAACGAUAAAGUACUCCGUAGGUAGUCAGAAACGGCGAUAGACGAAAUGGCCAUGUAUUCGAGAUUCAAACUUUUGCCCUAUUCCUUAAAGACUUCCAUAUCACACAAUGCCACCGGAAAGUUGUUUCUGAGAGCUGAUCAUCCAGCUGCCAAAAGCACGGAAUUCAAAGAAUGAUGUGGGGUAGAUCAAGUAGGUUGUUUAUCAUAUUCAACUGGAUAUACACUUAGUAAGAUUCAAUCCAGUUAAACUCCGACUAACGUUGGAGAGAUUUCGAACGUCGUUAGUUAAUAGUGGAGUCUCAUCAAACGCACACCGGGCAGCACACCGUGCUGAUUCCUGAAGAAGGAAUGUUAACUGGUUUGCAUUAGUUACUGCUGCAUCCUCCUCACUUAGUUACUAGUGACUAGCCUCAAUGAUUUCCAUGCAAUGAAACACAAUCAACCAACUAGCAACCACUUGUCGUUUUGAGCGGGGUGGGUGGACGAAAAUUGACCCCACACUAGAGAAGAAGGUUGGUUGACCGGGGGGAGACGACCCCCAGGUCAUCUCAUCACAAGUCUAGUGAAGGAGAAGCGGGGGAGAAGGGCAUGAAAAUGCGGAAAAUCGAAUAUCAUCGGCAAAGAUAGGGGGGGGGUUGGGGCAACGUUGCCAGUGAAAAUGACAAAGUCCUGAAUUCAUGAUUGGGAAGUUUCUUCACCAGUACCUUGUCUUCAUAUUUUUAUUUUUCGUCGAUUUUCUCUCCUGACUAGAAAGUGCCAAGGCAGCUCGCUCGGUGGUUACUUCAAUCCAAUAUAAGCAUGAUAUCCCACCACAGUCUCAGGGCAGAUACCAGUCAGACUUCCUCUUCCCACAAACUAACACCGGUUAGGCUUCGCACAAUCCGAAAUUCCACGCCCAGGUGAACGGACACAAGACUCUCCCUUCGCCUCUAUCUUGGGUAGGUGGGGUGAAAGGAGUGCAUUUCAGACUCCCAAGACUGAUAAAACGUCAACCUACGCUAUAUUGCCGGGGAAGACUUCCAGAGGGGCGCAUCAUGUACAGAGGCAGGAUGACAACGCUAAGCACAGCACCGGGGGGGGGGGGCGGGGGGGCGGCCGCUCGGAAAAAUUAGGCAACAGGGGCCAAAAUAGCCAAGGUGUCAGGGAUUUCCAACCGUGAUCAUUCAGGCAAAACAGUUUGAACCACUGCUUGCAUAAAAUCCGAUACGUUUUAUUGUGCGAAUGCGUACGCACACAUGUUACAGUUCUCUCAAAUUUUAUAUUUUUCCUUCUUCCACGUGAGUAAAGGAUGGAGCGCCAGGAUUCUAAUUUCACCAACUAUUCAAGCAUGGCGUGUGGUCAAACCUUGGAAGUUGGCAUGGCUGUCACGUGGGAUGAUUGGGGGAAAUCGUCUAGAUAUAUUGGGAUGGACAUAAAUUUCGUGUCUGAAAUUUUUCGGAAUUGGAUAUAUUGAGCAAACAUGUGUCCGGAAAUCGAUAAUUGGGCGUGAGAACGAGUCAAAAACCAAAUGAUGAGCCAUGUUGUGGAACGAUAUGCCAUUUCAUGUGUUCAUACUACAUCAUUAUUUUGAAGGCUAGUGAUAUUCCUGAGGAUGUUGGAAGCACUAGUAUGCCUAGGUCAACAAUCGUGCUGUCUCCUUAAGUUCCUGCAAGACACAUUCCCGAUCCAACCUUAGAUCUUCUCAACAACCAGCGCUGCAUUACUCCGUACAAUGAAUUGAGUGGCAGUUUGUCUGUAUAUAGCAGGAUUAGGAGGGCUCGAGCUCCCUUCAUAGCUUGUUCCACUAUUGCCCAGAGUUAAUGGUAUGUCGUUAUGUGCAGAGAGCGGAGGUGCUGGUUUGAAAGUUCUUUUAUAGUUGCCCAGGGGGGCGUAUUGGCAGAUGAGCUAGCGCUAAUUUCCGGGCCACGCGGGCCGACAGGAAACCCGCGACCAAGGAGAUAAGAUAUUCGAAUGCCGGGUUGCUGCGCAGUAGUACAUAUGUAUGUGCAUGUGGAUGUGGAUGUAUGCACUAAGCAAUAGCGCAGAAAUCAGCAAGGAUGAACCGCAGGAUUUGGUGUCGAAAAUCUUGAAAAGGUUAGGGUGGGGCUUAUUUCAUCUAGUUUGAACGGUGGAAGCGCUUUUUUCGGCCUACUUUUAGCUUCUUCCUUUUGUAUAUUUUCCCUUCUUGGUGGGAGGGAAAUACAUAAAAGAAAAUGUCACACGGUCACAUCAUCAGAGGACCCUGUUUUGAUCCCUCACGACGGACAAUGCAAGGAAUUCGGGUGUGGGAGUGUGGAUGAGGGGUGACCAACCUAUUGGUUAGCGCGCCGCGGUAACCGCAGAAUAUAGCCCUGUUGCAUUAUCCUGUAUUUUCUCCGUAUUUCAGGACCAAACGUUUCCUGCUCUGGUGAAAAGAGAAGAAGGUGGGAAGGAAAAAGGGGAACAAAAGGAAAAAUCCUUCUUGUGCCCUUUUCUUGUUGAUUCUUCCCCGCUGUUCUAUGGCACGGACCAAAGCCAUGUGUAGUAAAAUGGCGGAAGAUAAGCCACACCGGAGUAGUAGAUAUAUAUGAACAAGAGGGCGAAGAAACUUCCCUGGCGCUGUAAGCUAUUUAUGGGUGUGCUCCACAAUAGAUAAAUUAGCCAAUAGGUUAACUAUUUGAGAUCAUAUUGUUUGCGAUUGUUGUGUGGUGGCCCUGGUGGAUUUUCUCGGGUUUGGAGUAGUUGUCCUGGGAGAGUUUGAUAGAAAUUGCACGGUGAUGAGUCUAUGGCGUCUUUCUCUAUCAUUUAAAGUGGCGAGAUAACCAUUAUUUAAUUAAUUAUUGGAGGUAGCGGAAACCAACUGGGAUUUGAAAGAUAUAAGGCCAUGGAACAGAAACCGUGUGUGGCUCUGGCGAACUGGGUUGUUGAUAAUCCACAUGAGUGUGUUUGUCACUAGUCAAAAAGGUAGUUAGGUAUUUAACUAUCAAUAUUGGCUUUUGAGAACUUUCCUUCUCGUUCCUUCAAUUUUUCUUUUUUCUUUUUUCUUUUUAUUUUUAUUUCUUCCUGCCAUCCCAAGGUAUGGCACGGCCUGAUCAACCAAUAUCACUAAUAACAGAGCCGUGCAAAACGGAUUAUCUGAUUAAAUUAAUAUUAUAUACCUUGGCUGUCGGAUCAUCCAGAUUUCUGGAAAAUCACAACAUUUUGUGAAAAUGCAACCGCCAGACUAGCUUGACGAGUCCAAUUAUAAUUAGACAUUGUGGGUGUGGGUACUGGAAACCGAUGUCAGUGUGCACCAAAAGCUUAAAUAAUAUUGUCUUUGUUGGAGGGAUAUCCCGCAUCCAUGGAGACAAGGGUCGGAUGUGUUAGAGAGGGGCACAAUUUGAUGGGUGUGGUCAUCAAAUCGCAGCAAGUGGAAGACCAGCACCGCCGUGCGGAGCAAUAGCGGUGAAGAAAUAAAGAAGGGAGCUUUUGAUAUCUGCUUACUGCAUUUUCAAUCUAUUAAUGUUCUGAUUAUUGACACGCAGCCUUGCCCUCGGACGCAGCUGCGC